AUGGACCACCCGAGUCCGUCCGCCCGCAGUGGCGGCGGCGGUACGCCAGCGACCAGACGACAGGGACCAGCAGAAGGACCAGAAGUCGUAUCCGACGAAAGCUCAGCGAGCUCGAUGUCGGACGAGGAGGACGCGGGCGACGUAGGCCCCGGAUAUAGACCCCAGACGCCCACGCCCCCACCCCAGCGACGACAGCAGCAACCGCAACCACAAAACAAUCCGCCACCACCAAGGGGUAGCAGGGAGAGGGAUAUUCGUGCAGAACGACACCGUGACCGUGAUCGGGAAAGAGACCGCGAUAGGGACAGGGACCGGGACAAGGAUCGGGAUCGGGAUCGGGAUCGAGAUCGAGAUCCGGGGUUCAAGAGAGGAGGACCGCCGCCGCCGCCGCUGGACAGGGAUCGCGAUCGAGAAAGGGAUCGAGACCGGGACCGCGAUAGCCCGCCUACGCCGAGGGAUGCAAAGCGGCAGAGCUUCGCGGUGGACGACAAGUACUACGGCAGCGGGCACGGCGGCAGCAACGCCCACCACAACGGCCACGCCCGGCGGCAGAGUGUGCCGCCCAACAGCGCCAACAACGGCGCCAAGCGGCAGAGCAUCACGGAACGGCUCAUGAGCACCUGGACGGCGCGUACGGCACGGGAACCUGUGGGCGCCGCCUCGUCUACAAUGCCGCCCUCACGCCGCGCCUCGUCCGCCUCGACGGCGGCGAGCAAGUUCAACCCGAUGGGCCGCGUGCGCGAGUGGCUCGACACGUGCAAUGCAGAGCACGGCGACCACUGCUCCAGCCCGCCGGGGGACACGUGGCGGCCGAUAUGGCUCAUCGAUUCGGUGAACCGGUGCCUUGUGCGCGCGCGCGCGACGGACCGUUACAUUGCGCUGAGCUACGUCUACGAGCCGCCGCUGCCGAGCUCAAGGGGCCCUGUCGAGACGCUGAGGGGGAACCUGGAGAUGCUGACGGCGAGCAUGGACGACGCGGACAUACCGCAGACCAUAUUGGAUGCGAUGUGGCUGGCGAGGAAGCUGGGCAUCAAGUACCUCUGGGUGGACCGUUUCUGCAUCGUGCAGGAUGACGACGUGGAAAGGGAGGAGCAUGUCAAGAACAUGGCCUACGUCUAUGCGAACGCGUACCUGACAAUCGUGGCCGCGGCGGGGGACGCCGAGACGGGGCUGACGGGACUGCUGAGGAGGACGCCGCCGCCGCGCGGGGCCACGGCGAGGAAGCUCGAAGACCUGGUGCUCUCGUCGCGGUGGGCCGGCCGGGCGUGGACGGUGCAGGAGGGCAUGUACUCCCGGCGCAAGGUGUACGUCUUUGAGGAGACUGUGACGUGGGAGUGCCACUGCGACGUGUGGCAGGGCUCGCCCACCGGCGGCCGCUUCAGCAAGAUCCUCAAGGGCGGGAGCCGCAACGGCCCCUGCCUGCAGAGGGCGUUCCCCGCGGCCAUGGGGUUCCUGCACCCCGUGUGGCCGGACAUGGACGAGUACGCGCGCAUCGCGAUGGAGUACAGCGCGCGGCGGGUGACGCUCAUGUCGGACACGACGAGGGCCCUGCGGGGCAUCACGACGGUGCUCUCGCGGUCGUUCGCCGGCGGCUUCAUCUUCGGCAUGCCGGUGGGCUUCCUCGACGUCGCGAUGCUAUGGCAGCCGCGGGCCAUGGUGCGGCGGCGGCAGAUGAUGCAGCCCGUGACGGGGAUGAACCCGCUGCCGUCGUGGAGCUGGCUCGGGUGGCACUACGACGGCGUGCCCGCGGACCUCACGCUCUGGCGCGCCGCGGCAGACUACGUUCAGGACGCGCCGCCGUCCGGCAAGAAGGGCGCCGAGAGGCGGUUCAAGAGCCCCUACGCCUUCCGGCUGCGGUCGCUGGUGAGCUACGAGCUGACGGACCGGGCGACGUACACGCCGCUACCGAACGACGGCAUGGCGUACCGCGACCGUAGGCACAGGAGGACGGUGCCGUUGCCCGCGGGGUGGUCGAGGAGCAGCGGCGGGUUUCGAUAUGCCGGAGACCCGGAGGUGGUGUUCCGGUACCCGGUGCCCGUGGCGGAGAUGGCUGGCGGGGACGGGGCGAUCGGGGGCUCGCCGUUCGGAGACUUUGCGCUGAGCGCGACGUUGUUGUCGUUCAGCACGACCAUGGCGUUCCUCGAGGUCGACUUUGCCACGGCGAGGAACGGGGCGCCGCUCGACGCCAAGGCCGCCAACGCCGUGAACACGGGCAACAACACCGGUCCGGCAGCAGGGCUGGUCGCGCCGGGCAGGGGCUACGGCGUGCCGCUGGCGAUUGGAAACAUUUGGUCGCGGACGGGCAAGUGGUGCGGCGUGGUCACGGCGCACGACAGCUGGUUGGGCCUGCAGGGCGCGAACCACACCGGGGAGGAGAAGCUGGAGUUUGUGGCGAUUUCGAUGGCGAGCGAGAGGGGCGGGAGCCAUGUGUUUGACCUGGACGCUUUCCGGGACAACAUGGACGAGGACGAGAUUGUGGACUUUGUCAACGUCUUGUGGGUUGAGAGGGUGGGCGGCGUGUGUUACCGGAGGGGGCUGGGGCAUGUGGUACAGAAGGUUUGGGAUGCAGUGGCGAGGGACCGGAUCGAGGUUCUUCUUGGGUAA